AGGCAGGCGGGACCCAGCCCCGCCGCCAGCCCCACUUUUGUGGUGCCGCCGCCGUCGCGGUCUCCCCUUUCUCCGCGGGGCUGGCCGCGGGGCAGGCGAUGCUCCGGGCUCCCUGAGCCGCCGCACCGCGUCCCCGGCCGAGGUGCCCCGCGGAGCGGCGCGGUCGAGCGGCGGCUCCCCGGUCUGCCCCGUGUCCCCCUCCCCGCUGUCCCCACGCCGCGCGGAGGUCGCGCAGGAUGCCGCGGAGGGGAGCGGAGGCGCCGCUGGCCCUGCUGCUGGCGGCGGCGUGGCUGGCGCAGCCCCUGCGCGGCGGCUACCACGGCGUGAGCAUGUUCGCCGUGCAGACCGCCCAGCCCGACCCCUGCUACGACGAGCACGGGCUGCCCCGCCGCUGCAUCCCCGACUUCGUCAACUCGGCCUUCGGGAAGGAGGUGAAGGUGUCCAGCACCUGCGGGAAGCCGCCGUCGCGGUACUGCGUGGUGACGGAGAAGGGCGAGGAGCAGGUCCGCACCUGCCACCUCUGCAACGCCUCCGACCCCAAGCGCGCCCACCCGCCCUCCUUCCUCACCGACCUCAACAACCCGCACAACCUGACCUGCUGGCAGUCCGACAGCUACGUCCAGUAUCCCCACAACGUCACGCUCACCCUCUCCCUCGGCAAGAAAUUCGAGGUGACCUACGUCAGCCUGCAGUUCUGCUCGCCGCGCCCCGAGUCCAUGGCCAUCCACAAGUCCAUGGACUACGGCAAGACCUGGGUGCCUUUCCAGUUCUACUCCACGCAGUGCCGCAAGAUGUACAACAAGCCGAGCCGCGCCGCCAUCACGAAGCAGAACGAGCAGGAGGCGGUGUGCACCGACUCGCACACCGACGUGCGGCCCCUCUCCGGCGGCCUCAUCGCCUUCAGCACCCUGGACGGCCGCCCCACCGCCCACGACUUCGACAACUCGCCCGUGCUGCAGGACUGGGUGACGGCCACCGACAUCAGGGUGACCUUCAGCCGCCUGCACACCUUCGGCGACGAGAGCGAGGACGACUCCGAGCUGGCCCGCGACUCCUACUUCUACGCCGUGUCCGACUUGCAGGUCGGCGGGCGCUGCAAGUGCAACGGGCACGCGUCCCGCUGCGUCCGGGACCGCGACGACAGCUUGGUGUGCGACUGCAAGCACAACACGGCCGGCCCCGAGUGCGACCGCUGCAAGCCCUUCCACUACGACCGGCCCUGGCAGCGAGCGACGGCCCGGGAGGCCAACGAGUGUGUGGCCUGCAACUGCAACCUGCACGCGCGGCGCUGCCGCUUCAACAUGGAGCUGUUCAAGCUGUCGGGGCGCAAGAGCGGCGGCGUCUGCCUCAACUGCCGGCACAACACGGCGGGCAGGCACUGCCACUACUGCAAGGAGGGCUUCUACCGCGACCUCAGCAAGCCCAUCUCGCACCGCAAGGCCUGCAAAGAGUGCGAUUGUCACCCCGUGGGUGCCGCCGGCCAGACCUGCAACCAAACCACGGGCCAGUGUCCCUGCAAGGACGGCGUCACCGGCAUCACCUGCAACCGCUGCGCCAAGGGCUACCAGCAGAGCCGCUCGCCCAUCGCCCCCUGCAUAAAGAUCCCGGCUGCUCCGCCCACCACGGCCGCCAGCAGCGCCGAGGAGCCCGCAGAUUGUGACUCAUACUGCAAAGCCUCCAAGGGGAAGCUGAAGAUCAACAUGAAGAAGUACUGUAAGAAAGACUACGCUGUCCAGAUCCACAUCCUGAAGGCGGAAAAAAACGCGGACUGGUGGAAGUUCACGGUGAACAUCAUCUCUGUCUACAAACAAGGCAGCAACCGGAUCCGGCGCGGAGACCAGACCCUGUGGAUCCACUCCAAGGACAUAGCCUGCAAGUGCCCCAAAAUCAAGCCCAUGAAGAAGUAUUUGCUGCUGGGCAACAACGAGGACUCUCCCGACCAGAGCGGCAUCAUUGCGGACAAAACCAGCCUGGUGAUCCAGUGGCGGGACACGUGGGCCCGGCGGCUCCGGAAGUUCCAGCAGCGGGAGAAGAAGGGGAAGUGUAAGAAAGCCUAAAGGAGGAGGAGAGGGAGAGACUGACUGUGCAUGCUGCUUUGUGUAGAGCUGGGGCGGGCAGGGACCGGCUGCCAGGGCGGGCUGGGGGGACAGGGGGACAGUGAGCACGGCUGGAGGGUGCUGGGCUUGCACCUCGUAUUCCAGGGAAGACAAAACCCAACAGGAUCCAACAGGAUCCAACAGGACCCAACAGAACCCAACAGGACCCAACAGAACCCAACAAAACAGAUCACACACACACGGACAGAACCCAGCGUGGGAUGCGGGUGUGCGGCACCCGGGGCCCCCCAGCUCCCUCCUGCCCCGCUGCUGAAGAGCUCAGAGCCACCAAACUGCCUUCCAGCCACCAACAUCUGCUGCCUCCAAAGCACGGCAUGGGCACGUCCACCCUGUAAGAAACUAAUCAACAGCACCGCUGGAAAUUAACUCCCCAUCCCCAAAAUACGUAUUUGCAACUUAGGCUGACCGAGACAGUUCUUGUAGAGGAAACUAAACCGAGACUUUUGCUGAGGACAGACCCGAGGAUCGACGGGCGGGGUCUUGGAGGGCUUUGGUAUCGACAGCCGUGGCCACCACCCACUGAUGGUGCCUGGGGCGGCCGAGGUCUCCAGCUGUGCUGAUGCUCUGGGUCCACUUUAGGCACAGCCAAGAGGGGACAACGUUGGUGGGUGACUUCCUGCUGUGCCUAACUCUGGGAAUGGCUCCGUGCUCAGCCCCUGGCGCUGAGGAGGCUGCCCCCACCACACUGAAGGAGUGUGAGCCCACUGGUGCCCUGUCGCCUGCCAGCCACCCAUUCACAGGCAAAGAAUCAUAACCAGGAUCCCCAAGGAAACACCCAGACCUGACAAAAAAUGAGUUGGCAUCCAGAUCCCGUAAGUGCCCUGGAAGAUCCUGCCAAUGUCAGUCCCUGAGUCUCCACUGCGGCUCAGUCCCCUCUGCUGCUGUCAGCACACCAGAUGCCCUCCGAUGGUAGAAGAUCCCUGCAGGUGACACCAAGGUGCUGGCUGGCCACUGGUUUCACUCCCAGACUCGGGCAGCUCUCCCAAGCCCACACCAGCUCUGCCCUCACUCCCUCUGGAGCUGCAGCUCCCCAGCAUCCCUGCAAAAAGUCUUGGAGACAAAGAGGGGAGCAGGGGGUGCCCUCAUGGGCAGCGGGGCCAGUGCAGAGCUCUGAGGCUUGGCUGGGGUAGAGCCCGCACAGGGCAGUGCCCAGGGAAGGGGUCUCAGCCAGGAGCAAGGUGUGACCCACCUGGAGCUCCUCCUGCUGGGGGGGAAACAGCCGAUCCAAAAUUCCCAAUUUCCAGUCACUGAUGCACUGAGCAUAGUGGAGGCCGCCUCACCUCAGACUGGAGCAUCCUCCCCUGGGCACCCUGCGGGCAGGACGGGCUCUGGAGUUGUCACCCCCAUGCCACACCAGCCCAUGGGGAAUGGGGAUGUCCAGUUCCAGCCCAUCCAUGCAGACCGGGAACAGCUGGGGCAGGAAGGCAGGGAGGGCAGGACGGGUACCUGGAGGAGAAGCAAACAUUAGUCGCUAUGAAAAGCAAAACCUCCCCGGUAUUUUUCCUUUUAGGAAACUUGGAAACAUCUCUUUUAUGACAUUUUCCAGUGGUUUUGCCUUGUUUUAUAGCAAUUGACAAUAUUUAUAUAAUGACAUAAACCACCAUAAAGCAGAGCAGCCAUGUAAAUAGGUGCAAAGAGGAGGCUCCCAGGGCUGCUGGAGACACCACCCGGAGGGACCCAGCUCUGCUGAGCCUCCCCUGCCACCACAAGGCCCCCAAAAUUAAUCUGGGUAUUAGGAGAAAAAUCCCACCCUGGGCAUCAAGCAACUCCCCCUCCCUGCUCCAAGUCUGUGUUUUCUCCCCUUUCCCAAAAUGGACUUGGUUGUCCUUAUCUCAGAGCUCAAGGAGAGCCAAUGGUUUUGCAGCCAAGGGAAGCGAAGCCACCAAGUUUUGAAGGAUAAAAUCUGACCUCAAGUGUCUAAAUGGAGGCUUAAAGCCCCAAACCAGGACUUGGAUGCUCUCCUGCAGCCAAUGCCAGCUGCUGCCAGGGACCCAGCAGAGCUGGAGACAGCACAUCCCCAUGGAGCUGGGAUGUCCCCACCCUCUGGAGACCUUCAAAUGGUGCCUAAAAGUAACAGGAUCCAACCCAAAGCCAGUUCUCCACCUGGAGAGCAGCAAGGAAAGGCCGGGGGAACUGCCCACAGCACACCUGGGCACCCAGGGCUCACUCCCAGUGUCCACCCUUGGCAAGCACAGCCGCCCUCCCCAGCACAGCCUGGACACCCCAACCCCCCCAGGGGCACCCUCCAGCCCCUUCCCUGCUCCCACUGGUCUCGGAGGCUGCAGAAGACCCCCCACCCGCUCAUCCCACGGCCAGACCCCUCCAGGCACUGGCACAGCCCCGGGACUCCGAAGGAAAUGAGUUGGCACAACAGCCCAGAUCCUGCCACGGAGGGAAGUCCCCAGCCCUGUCCCACCAGGACCUGUCCCUUCAUCCCUGCUGGAGUUUUGUGCUUUCCAGUCAGACCAGGAAAAACCCCUCACUCCAUCCCAGUGCCCUUCAUGCGCUCCCAGUAACCCUGACCUGCAGGAGCUGCUGCUGGAACUGGUGGAACUGGAACAGCCUCUGCUGGGAGGGCAGAGCAGCCCCAUUUUGGGGUCCAGAGGUGCAGCUCUUCCCUGCAGCCACCCCUGCUCCAGGACAGCUCCAGGACAGCUCCAGGACACCUCUGCCAGGUCACCCAGAGGGACAAGGUGCCCCCCUAAACACCUGCACGGCCGGGGGGCAGCUCUGGGGGACCAACCCCGUUCUGGCCAGCGAAGAACCCGGCGCCCACCCAUCGCCCUGGGGACAGGAGUGGGGACCCCGAGGACAGUGGGGUGGCUGGGAAGGGGCUGUGGUGCCUUCAGAGAGGCUUCGGAGAGCAGCUGAAAUGCCAAAACAAUCAUCACUGACCGUAGCACCCGACAGAAGUCGCUUGGUCUCGUUUCUGUUCGUCGUGUCCGUGCCCCCUCCCCGCCCCCGCCUCAUCCCCUCACAAACCUGUGUUCGUUUUGGGGUUGUUUUUUUUGUUGAUUUUUUUUUUUAUUAUUUCUGUUAAUAUCUUGAACUGUAAAUGUUGUUUAGUUAUGACCAUGGCAGACUGCUUUGGGCGAUGUUUCUUUACAAUGCAUACUAAUAUAUUAUGGUUAUUAUAUAUGAAUAUAUUUAAUGACACGUGAAAAAGUUGUGGAUUUUCUUAUUGUUUUUCUGAGUUGUUUCUUUUUUUUUCCUUUUUUCCCCCCCUUUGUUUGUUUGUUCGUUAGAUUGGCUGUAAUUGACCCGAAGGAGCUUGUAACUGUUCAGCACCCCCUCGGUAGGACUAAAGUCAGAAACCAGUGGAAUAAACUCUUGUAAACUGUAAAAA